CCCUUCACUUUACUCUCUAUAAAUAAAUGGCUUAUUAAUGUUGGAGUUCAGAUAUCUUGCUUUAUUCCCAACAUAUAAACAACAUUAUUAUAUCACAGAAACUAAUUAAUUAUUAUUAGAAUGGGUGAAGCUCCAGUGAUUCCUCUUCUUACUCCUUACAAAAUGGGCAAAUUCAAUCUUUCCCAUAGAGUUGUUUUGGCACCGUUGACAAGACAGAGAUCUUAUGACAAUGUUCCACAAUCCCAUGCUGUAUUGUAUUACUCCCAGAGAGCUUCUAAGGGAGGCUUUUUGAUAACUGAAGCUACUGGAGUCUCUAACACCGCUCAAGGGGCGUUGCACACACCGGGCAUAUGGACGAAAGAGCAAGUAGAAGCAUGGAAACCCAUUGUGGAUGCUGUUCAUGCCAAAGGUGCAACAUUCUUUUGUCAGCUUUGGCAUGUUGGAAGGGUAUCAAGUUCAGCUUAUCAACCAAAUGGAGAGGCUCCAAUUUCUUCAACAGACAAGCCCCUCAAACCACAAUUUCGUAAUGAUGGUAAUGAAGCUCAGUACACACCACCAAGGCGUCUUAGGACCGAUGAAAUCCCUCAUAUUGUUAAUGACUUCAGACUUGCUGCAAGGAAUGCUAUAGAAGCAGGGUUUGAUGGGGUUGAAAUCCAUGGAGCACAUGGGUAUUUGCUAGAGCAAUUCAUGAAAGACCAAGUGAAUGACCGUACAGACGAAUAUGGCGGAUCUCUGGAGAACCGUUGUCGAUUCACGUUGGAAGUUCUCGAGGCCAUUGUAAACGAGAUAGGUGCAGACAGAGUUGGAAUUAGGCUCUCACCUUUUGCAGACUUUGCAGAUAGUGAAGAUUCCAACCCAAAGAAACUUGGACUCUACAUUGUUAAUGAAUUAAACAAAUACAACAUUCUAUAUUGUCACAUGGUAGAACCAAGAAUGAAGAAUGUGCUUGAAAUAAGUACUCAAUGUCCACACAGCUUGGUGCCAAUGAGAAAGGCCUUCAAUGGCACUUUCAUUGCUGCUGGAGGCUAUGAUCAACAAGGUGGGAUUGAUGCAAUUGCUCAAAAUAGAGCAGAUCUUGUUGCUUAUGGCCGUCUGUUCUUGGCUAAUCCAGAUUUGCCAGAGAGGUUUGCAAUUAAUGAUGCUCCUCUCAACAAGUAUAAUAGAGAGACAUUCUACACUCCUGAUCCUGUUGUUGGUUAUACUGACUAUCCAUUUCUUCAGUAGAAUGUAUAGCUAGAAAUUCGCUUAUUAUCGUCGGAUUUAAUUAUUUUCGAAUAAAUUGACAAAUUAGUUAAAUUUCGAAAAAAAAAAAAACAAGAUUUUUUAUAUUUUUCACAGGCUGUUUCUAUAGAUGCACCUCUUUCUCAAGUCAGAGAGAAGUUUAUGUUAUGUUGGAGUUGAAACUCAUUUUGGCCCUGAAAAUUUUCGACCGGGCUUCAAUUUCGACCCCCAAA